AUGGCUGAGACCGUUCAGCCUUUAGACGAGUUUGAGACCAAGACUGGAAAUCGCAUCUUCAAGACAUGCUCUACGUGUCGCACAAGAAAGCAGGAUAAUAGGGUCUUCAAGCGUAAGAGCCAUGAAGCAGAGGUUCCUGAGCCUCCAGUCCAAGAAACUCAUGUCCCUCAUUUCAUGAGGCCAACUACUUCGUCACCCCGCUGCCUUGCACCACAACGUAUAUCCUCUCAACAGUUCCAGCAGCAGUUUCAAGAACAGGGUACUCAGCAAAGCGCUGCCUCGUCUCCCGCCCCCUCACAUCACCGUCGAGGCUUCCAAUUUCAUCGUGCAGCGCGACGUGCUAGUGAAGACGUGCCACCCACUCAGGAACUAGAUGUGUAUCUUGCUCGCCAAUAG